AUGUGUCAAUAUGAAUACGAUCGAGUUUAUUCACAUCAUCCAACAUUAGAAGAAGUGGUAAAAGCUCAUUAUCAAGGUAGCCGUCUUGCAAGUGAAUUAACAUGUUAUGAUCAUAUAAAAUGUUAUCGUGGUCCAUCUUCAUCGUGUUUAGACUGGACUGAAAUUUUUGAUGGAAGACAAGAUUGUCUCAAUAGUGAUCUGGACGAAAAAAUAUUGUCUACAAUUAAACAUAUACGAUAA